AUGUCGAAUACCGAAGGAGAGCCCGAUGUCAAUGAUUUCUUGCAGCGUAUCAAAGAAUUGGGCAAUAAACGGGACCAAGAAGACGAAGACCGCACAAGAAAGUUAGAAGAAGAGAUCUUGCAAGGGAGAAAAGAAAGACAAGCUCGUAGAGCUGAAAGGGCAUUAUCCAUCUCACCUACGAAGUCCUCUCCUAUGAGUACACCUAGAAGACCCAUAUCAGGCAUAAUUUCAAAUUCAGACGACCAAUCUUCUGAGUCUCGGCGCGGGAGUGUUGUUGACAACGACGUAGACGAAAUGGCCUUAAAUUCAGUGCCGGAUUUAAGGCGGACCUCUCAGUUUAGAGAUUCACCGUCAAAUGCUAUGCCCUCAAGAAAUUCACCUUUAUCAUGGGCUCGCAGACCAGAACCUUCCGAUAAACCGCGAAGUCGACCUUUAUCCAUGGUUGCUACAGAUAGGGUAAUGGUAUCGAGCACAACUACACCGACCCCUGAGAAUGCUACGUCUGCCGAUGAUAAUACUCCUUCUCGUGAACAAAUUGCGCAAUCACUAGCAUCCAAAGAUCCAGCUUGGUUUAGGCAAACCGCUGAUCGAGGCGUUAAUUCACCAGCUUACAGAACGAAUCAGGUGGAAGACGAAGAAAGAGCAAUACACGGGUCAAUUCAGAUGCCAGGAAUGACUCGUAACAAUUCUACGCCAGACAAGACACCGAACGAGGUCAAGGAUUAUUCUUCAACACCUACAAGGCCUCCAGCAAGGAAUAGUAUUUCAUAUGGAAGCGGCUCUAGAAUGUUAUUUCAAAGCAACCCGGGUGUUGGCAUGGGAUCACCAAUUCCAGUGACUGACGCCCAGAGGUUGGAUCCACCUGCUGCUGAUAGUUUGUCGGAUACUCGAGGCCUAGCAAUGUCACCUUCGCAGGGUCGCAUAUCGCCCGAUAGACUAGACCGACCCAAUUCUCCAACCAAAGGAAUGGGUGGAUUUGUCCAAAGUGCGAUGAUGAAACGAUCGGAGAGUAUGAACAAGCGGUGGUCGGUUGCUUCACCAUCAUUAGAUCGGAAGAAUUCGUCUUUUGAUCCUACUGCGGAUAAUCAAUCCAAUUCUCCCUCAAGGCCUGCAUCAAGACCUACCUCAAGCCAUGGUGAACUCCACCGCCCAGGCACAGCAAGCUCUAUGAGAAGCAAUGUAACAAAUUCUACCAUGAAUGAGAAUUCCAACUUCAUGAGACCAUCUUUGGCAACAGCUAGAUCUUACAACCCGGCCGAAGCUAAAGAGGUAGAUAGUGGGAAUCAAUCGCCUCCAGCAGAUGAUAGUUUGCCUGUCAGCCCUACAAAAACCGCGGACUCGAGACGAUGGAGUCCUACCAAAUCUAGUUGGCUUGAGAGCGCGUUAAACAAACCUGAAUCACCGAAACCCAAAGCCACACCACCGCCUCAACAACCAUCGUGGAUGUCAGAAAUCAACAGAGCAAAACAGAAAGGCAGUGUCGACUUGGGUAGAAGUCAGACCGUGAAGCACGAAGUAAAUAUUGGUGGGCUAAUGAGAUCCCCUCCUCCUGGCGCAUUGACAACUCCUUCAAGUAUUCGAGGCUUCCCAACAGCAUUUUCUCCUGGCACUACACCACAGCGAAACAUCGAGAGCAUGAUCAAUCAGGAUAGCAAGAGCGCCGCUGGAAAUACAAAAGCCGAAAGACCAUUGACACCCUCCACUUCCACUCCUAUUUCUGAUACCAUACCAAAACUCAAUCCAAAUUUUACAUCCACCCCAUCUGGAACACCCAAAGCCAAUUUGAAUUCACCUGCUAGUUCCGUGAAACCCAAGCCCACAACUCCUCCAAAGAACGAUUUCCGCUCUGUUUUGAAAUCACGCCAGGUACCUGCUGAUGAAAAGCCCAAAGAAGAGCCAGAAUUUAAGAAUGUCUUUGGUCAACUACGGAGGACGAAAACUCAAAGUUACAUUGCUCCGGAUAUGCUCAAGGACAAUAUCACACGUGGCAAGGCAGGUCUCAACCUUACUGGAGGACCCGUAAAAACUGAACGUAAAGAUGAAUUCAAAGAUGCCAUAUUGAAAAAGAAAGAGGAUUUCAAGAAAGUACAAGCUGAGGGAAAUGGAGUUUCGAGAUCUGCCAGUAGCGAAAGACGGGAGAAUGUGGUACCUGAAGCGUUGCGGAGAAGAAACACCCUUGGAAGAAACGGUUCCGUUUCUAAUAUUGCAUCGACCUGGGAGUCUAGUUCACCACAGCGGAAUGCUUCUGCCAAUCCCACUCCAAACUUAGUCAAGGAAACCAGUGCCCCAGCACGCAUGCAAGAAAAGAAUGCAAUUGGAGGUAAGCUUGCUGGACGUUUUAAUCCUGGUCUCGCAGAUUUACUUGCCAGGGGCCCGCCUUCACUUGCUAGUGAAACCUCAAGAUCUUCAAGUGCCUCGUUAUCUCAACGUACAAUCAGUAUGAGCACUUCGACAACUAAUCCCGAAUCGAGCGAGAAUGGACCACAACUCACACAUAUGACUAAGGGGCGUGCCCGUGGACCAAGACGAAAGGCGCCAUCUACAACCGCACCAACCCAAACUUCAUCAGCACCAGAAGCCGAAGAAAGAGCAGAAGAAAAUGCUCCCGUCACAUCCCCUACCAAGUCUUUCGCUGUGUCUGAGCAACUUUCAUCGCCUGCUACAAGCCCAAUAAAGCAGACAAUUUCAGCCUUGAACACAGAACAGGUGCCAGAAACCACUCCGGUUUCUCAGCCUUCAUCACCACGGAAGCUAGAUAUGAGAAGGCGAUCUCUUUUUCUACAAGAAGCACCAAAGAAUAAGGAUACACCAUCGUUGGAAGCCCCUAAACCACUUUCUUCCGUCAAAAUUGCUAAUUUCCCCGAGAACACGGUAAAGGCACACCACAACAAGCUCGAUGCAAUAGUCUUGCCAGAUCCACCAAAGCCAGAGCCCCUAGCGCCUGCCAAAUCUCCAUCGCCAACCAAAAUUUAUGAAGAUCGUACAUUCAAUGAACCUGUGUCGCCAGAGACUGCAAAGCUUCGUCCUGCUCCGUUAUCCCCAAGAAAAGCAAAUUCGUUAAAAUCUUCACCGCAAUUCUCACCUCGUUCUGAUCAGCCACCACCACUCAGUCCAUCGAGAUCAGUCAAGCAUACUGCAGCAUUAUGGGGUCGAUCCACUGCAGAACCACCUGCUCGUAUACCUUCUCCAAUACAAUUACCAACCUACGAAGAUGAGAAGGCUGCUUUAGUAGGCGCAGGUUUGCGACCUGGAAGUCCAUUAAAACGGAACAAGUCUCAUGAAGACGAGAAAAUAAAACUAGCAGGUGUAGGUUUACCGCCUAUUAGUCCGUUGAAGCGAAAUAAGUCUAUUGAUCUAGGACUACGAAUGGGACCAAAAUCUACAAAAGAGCCAACACCCGCGCGCGCUCUUCCCAUCCCUCCAACCAAAACACUAACAUCACCAGUAAUGAGCCCAGGUCUUCGUUCACCCAGCAUGGCCUACUCCCCAGUACCUCAAGCAUCUGAAGCGUCCCAGCUUCUCGCCGAUUUCUUCGGUGAAGAACCCAAGCCAACCCCAACUUACUCAGUCGAUACAGCAAGCAUUUUAAUGGCACGACAAGACACCAUUUCAACGAUACGGACAUUGCAAUCCAGCCUGUUUUAUUUGUUUGGGGAUGGAAAGAGGCAGUCUGUUCCUACUCAUCAAGAGCGUGUUCUUUUUGAGCGUGAGAUGUACUUAUGCCCCCAUACAUUUAUCAAUGCGAAUGGUAGAAAAGCGACAGAAGUAUACUGGUGGAUUGGAGAUGAAGUUUCUGAACGAGUUGUUACCGGCGCCGAGAUAUUUGCUCAGAGAGAAGCCAAAGGUUUUGGUGGUCAUUUUGUAACAUUGAGACAAGGCAAAGAAACUCCAGAGUUUUACCAAGCUCUAGGUGGUAUCAUCAUUAUCAGGAGAGGAUCUUCUAACAAGUAUGAUUCCCUCGCACCUCAUAUUCUCUGCGCAAGACAACAAUAUGGAAUGUUGGUAUUCGACGAGGUUGAUUACUCUCCUUCAGUCUUAUGCUCCGGGUUUCCAUAUCUUAUAUCCUCACCAUCAGGUAAGACAUAUCUAUGGAAGGGACGAGGUAGUACCGCUGAAGAGCAUGGUUGUGCUAGACUCCUCGGAAUGGAAAUAUCAAUGACUGGUGAUAUCGAAGAAAUUGAGGAUGGCGAUGAACCUUCGUCAUUCUUGAGAGCGUUCGAGAAUUGUAAACAAAUUCCACAAUCAGCUGAUCACUGGAAACUUAAGCCAGCCUAUAAUAAAUAUUCCGCUCGUUUGUUCUGUGCUACCGCUACAGGCAAAGAACAAAUCAUCGAAAUAAACCCUUUCUCCCAAGCCGACCUCUCUCCAACUGGUAUUUAUAUUCUUGAUGCCUUUUUCGAAAUCUACAUUGUCAUCGGCGCCAAAGCUCAGUCCCAAUAUGGCCCCUUCCACACCGCACUUCAAUUCGUACAGGAAUAUGGGAUUCUUUCAGCGGGCAUGGAAGAUCGUCCUUUUGUACCUGUUUCAACAGUAGUCAUUGAAGGGAUCCCGAAAGAUUUGAAAAGUGUGUUUAGGAAGUGGAGUGAGGGAAGAGCCCCAACUAUUACUGUACAGCCGAGCGUGAAACAAGGGGGAACUGAUUUGAAGAGAGUGAGAAGUUUGAGGGUUGUGCCGUUGACAGCGGCGUUGGAGGCUACGAGGGGGUAG